AUGAAUUCGUUGAAUAUCUUGUCGUCCCGGGUCAUCGGUCAGACCUCCAACCCCAAUCGCAACCGUCAACGAUCCCAUUCGCAAGGAGAUGCUUCGCUGUCAACAAACUCGCCGAGCGAUAUAGGACAGCUCAGGUCCUACAGCGUCGAUAAUGCCCAUGCGAGCAAGAAUUAUGAGAAGGCAUAUGAUGGCUCAUCCACAUUGAUUUAUGAUGGAGAUCACUCCGGGUAUAGCUUCGAUGAGAAGACGCCGUUGCUCCACGAAAUCGAAAAGGAUGGUCCGCUGGUUACUAGAAGCGCUUUUGGGUUGAUUGCACAGCGUGUCUUUGACGCGAUUGCGGAGACUAUCAAGUUUAUUCUAUCGACAUUGGCUGCCCCGGGGGUGUAUGUAGCCCAGUGCUUUCGAGACGAUGAUGGGCACUACACUCCUAUGGCCCCAGUGAGAAAACUGCGGCGUUCCAUGUCGAGAUCUUCCUCGGCGGAUAACAGGGUCAGAUCCGGCAAAGGCGUUAAUCAAGCCGAUAAAGGUCGACCAGCACGGAAACUGAAAAGUCACAUAUCGCGAGAUUCUAUCGCAUCCAGCACGUCCGAGUCAGAAGGGGAUCGUCGAAGCAUCAAGGGACCUCCAGGUAGUAAACCUCGAACUAGAGCGCGAACUCUCAGUCAGGAGCAAGAACCAGAAGAUAGUACCCCACGUCGUUCGAUUCGGAUCAAACUGCAUAAUGAAGAGGCCCUUAAACGGCAGAGACAACGCCGGACCCAAAGUUCGGAUCUUGGACAGCCGCCGCAUAGCAGUCUCGCCAGAGUUCAAGGGACCGUCAAUUUGGAUAGCAUCAAGUCACCUACCUCUCCGUCCGUUCAUAGGAUCACCAAGUAUCCGCAUUUUCCCACUCCACCUCGGCCACUAAUUCCCUCGCGUCUGCCUUCAUACACCGCAGCUCCUCGCAAUUCCAAGAUACCUCAAAAGACCCUUGUCCUGGAUCUCGACGAGACGCUCAUCCACUCGUUGGCAAAGGGUGGCCGCAUGUCUAGCGGCCAUAUGGUCGAAGUCAAACUUGCUACACCAAUGACUACUGCUCUCACUCCUGGCGCUCCACCCACUACGGUUGGACCGCAACACCCCAUCCUAUAUUAUGUCCACAAACGGCCUCACUGCGAUGAUUUUCUGCGCAAAAUAUGCAAGUGGUAUAAGCUGGUUAUCUUUACCGCAAGUGUGCAAGAAUACGCCGAUCCGGUUAUCGACUGGCUUGAGCAGGAGCGGAAAUUCUUCCAGGCACGGUAUUAUCGCCAACAUUGCACUUUUCGCAAUGGGGCAUAUAUCAAAGAUCUAAGCUCCGUUGAGCCUGAUUUGAGCAAAGUGAUGAUCCUGGACAAUAGCCCGAUGAGUUAUAUUUUUCACGAAGAUAAUGCAAUUCCCAUUGAAGGCUGGAUCAACGACCCUACAGAUAAUGACCUGCUUCAUCUCAUCCCCAUGUUGGAGGCUUUGCAGUAUGUGACUGAUGUCCGAGCACUUCUAGCAUUGCGUAGAGGCGAAGCAGAGGCUUAA